UGAAGUUGCUUUUACAUGAUUCUUCCUAAAACAAACAUUCUGUAGCCUUUAUCUAGAAGUUAGGUAUCUGUGUGUAACAGUGUUAAGCUAUUGAAGAUUAGUGAAAAUGAGAUCAAAUAUGGUGGUAUACCUUUUCUUUAUCUUUAUAUGUACUCGGAUCGUUUUAAGUUCUGCAGGCUCGAAUAAUCCAACUCUCCAACAAGAAGUUCAUGGGGUGGAGGAGGCACUGACUGGCUUAAAUAGCAACAUAAACGAGCCCGAUGGGAGCAAAUAUACAUUGAAAGAAGGAGAGAAAGGAGGAAGAGGAGGCGCACAUGCUGGUGGUGGUGACGCGGAUGUGGAUCGCAGUCGCCAUGUUCCUCGUAACAUAGUGCCGUCAAAGCGUAUAGUGUCCUUCAGUGUUACUUUUGGGUCGUUUUUUCUUCUCCUUUUCGCCGUCUAAGACUAUAAAUUCGUAUUGUUUUCGUCUCUCAUCCUUGCGCCAUCGCUGCCAGCUAUUUCCUUUUUUACUAAAAAUCUUCUUUUCGUCUUCGUACGUGUAGUCGUAACACUUAUGUGUGAAACAAUCUCCAGUUGUUGUAAAUUUUGGUUUUGUGUUCUAAUGGUUUAUGAACUUGAGUAUGUUUAUGUGA